CAGCUUGCUCCAACAUCAAGUUUUAAAAAAAACUGUUAUAGUGUGAAAACAUUAAAAGCCGAAUUAGACACAAAGGAAAGCCUAUAUAAAUUGACAGAAAAAACACUUCUAAGAAACCAAAACAGAAAAACAAAAAUCCUCCAAAACCCAAAUACCACAUUUUUCGUUCAUUCCCACACAAAGCAGUUUCAAAAAUAAAAAUGCAUCAAAAUCCAAACCAUUCAAAAUUGUCAGCGCUCCCAAAGCGCAUAAUCAUAAUGCGCCACGGCGAGUCCAAGGGCAAUUUAGACAAUUCAACCUACAGCACCACCCCGGACCACCAAAUCCCGCUCACCGACGUGGGCCUGGCCCAGGCCCAAGACGCCGGGGCCCGGCUCCGCCACCUCAUCUCCACCACCUCCUCCACGAACUCGUGGCGCGUGUACUUCUACGUGUCCCCGUACGCCCGCACCCGAUCGACGCUCCGGGAGCUGGGUCGGAGCUUCCCGAAGAAACGGAUCAUAGGGGUCCGAGAAGAGUGUCGGAUCCGAGAGCAAGACUUCGGGAACUUCCAGGUGGAAGAGAGGAUGAGAGCGAUCAAACGAACGCGCGAGAGGUUCGGUCGUUUCUUCUAUCGUUUCCCGGAAGGCGAGUCCGCCGCUGACGUCUUCGACCGCGUUUCUAGUUUUCUUGAAUCACUGUGGAGGGACAUAGACAUGAAAAGGCUUCACCAUGACCCUUCCCACGACUUGAAUUUUAUAAUUGUCUCACAUGGGCUAACGGCACGGGUCUUCCUCAUGAAGUGGUUCAAGUGGACGGUUGAGCAAUUUGAGCGCCUAAACAAUCUUGGGAACUGUGAAUUCCGAGUGAUAGAAUUAGGAAGUGGUGGAGAAUACAGCUUAGCAAUCCAUCACACAGAGGAGGAAAUGCAAGAAUGGGGACUUGACAAAGAUAUGAUAGCUGACCAAAAAUGGCGAGCCAAUGCCCACAGGGGUGAAUGGAAUGGAAAUUGUCCCUGGUAUCUUAAUGCUUUCUUUGACCAUCUAGAUGACUCAGAUGACAAUGAAGACAGUGACGACGAACCCCCAAGUGAUUCUUCUAGUAUAUGUGCAUAGGUUGUCCAGAACUUGAAUUGGAAGUUCUUUUCUUUUUUUCUUUUUUUGAUUUACUUGACUGUGUUUUGUGCAUAGUGUUCUUCAAAUAUUGGAAUCGGAAAAUUGACAUUGAUUUGGCUGUCAAGCCAUGGUGUAAAAAUCAAAAUUUAUUCUAUCAAUUUGAGAAUUGGGAAGAAGAAAAAUCAGUUCAAAACUCUAAA